GAGUUGUCACAGAAUCACCACUAUCUGAUCAAAAAACACUUAAAAAACUCGGGAAGAUCCCCAAAUAUUCCUGGUUUCGGUGGGGCAGCCGCAAGAUAGCAGUGACAGUAACACACAUUGGAAAAAUCAUGUCAUUCGACCGAAGGAGUAAGCUGAAAUGCGUUCCUCAGUGCUCUCCGCCCAACUCCGAGAUUUAUUAUACUGUCGCUGACAUGUAGGCCUCAUGGCCUAUGAGUAUCAAGAGCUCAGGGUGACAUCAUUCAAGACGAAGAUGUGAUUCCAUCCCUCACAGUCACAGUGAUGAUAAAAGCCAAGGCCCACGUCUCCAAUGUUGUCGUCAGCAUCCAUGUCCCCCCACCACUGACAGUCAAUGAGAGCUCAUUUACAUUCAACACAAUAAGUCCAAACACCCCAUGUGAAAUCUCAGCGACUUUCUACAUCAAAGACAACUAUGUGCGCCAAGAGUUUCACAGACAACCUUCCGUCUGCCUGCAAAACUUGUGAUGAAGGCGUGUGCUCCGAUCAAGAAUGCCAACUACAAAGUGACCAUUGAUACAAAUAAACCACCGGUCAACCUCAAUGACCUGUUCCCAGAUCUUCUUGGUGACUAUGCUGAUGGUCCCGGCAAUGCCUUGGGGUUCCAGUACUAUGGGGGUCCUGUGGUCACAAUGUUGGCAUCAAAGAUAUCACAGCGCUACCGUCUUCAGUGUGACAGCUUCGAACCAAUGUGGCUACUCGCCAACGAGCUCGUCAACCGACUGAGCGGUUACUUUAAGGGUAAAAACCAAGAUGGAUUCCAGGCAUCCUUUAGCGGUGCACUGCCGCUGCAUGAAUAUUUUGAGGUCCUGGAGCAACAUUUUGAAGUGCGUUCAAACCAAAAUAAGUACAAGGACCUUCUUGCCCAGAGGGCAUCCCAGUUCCGUGCCCGGCAUUCAACGCAGACUGCUGACCAGAUUCAAAGAUAAAACACCUACAUCGUUGUCGAAUUUGGAUACAUUACUGGAUGGUACUUACAGACACGUAAAAAUGGGUGUGAUGCUUCUGGUCUCUUGCUAAGAAUCUGUGGGUGGUAGGGGACACAAACGCAAGUGUUAAAAACAACAUCCAGUUUCUUUCCCUGCCCAUGAUGUGUCAGCUUUAAGCUUUGUGACAGGGCGUUUUAACCUUGAAAUUUGUCAAACCUUUUUGCAGUGUUUAUACCCAUGACAGUGCUUUGCUUUAAUGAUGUUUUAAAAAGAGAUUCCAAUACUUAUUCCGUCCAGUUAUUCAUCCAUUCAUCAUAAAAUUAGGCCUUGUCUGCUCAUCCUGGUACAGAUAUUAGGCUCUUACAGAUAUCUGUCGGCAGUGAAAUGAACCUCCCAAGGCUUGAGAGUGUUGUAGUGCCAUUCAGAUUCUUUUUCUGAUCGCCACUGGGUGUCCAGGACUACGCUAAUGUGUAUAAACAAUUCCUCUUUCAGUGCUCAAUUCUUGAAACAUUUAAACUUUAACAGAAUGUUUUGUUGAAUAGGCUGAUUCAGGGCUGAUAUGAAAAGAUCUGUGAAGGCCCUGAAUUAGCAUGUUGAACUUCAAUAUGCUGCUGAGGCUAAGGGCCCAUAUUUUUCGUCUGUACCGGGUUGGCUUAUGAUAGGGAGGAGCACUUUUGUGGAGACGUGUACAUGUUUUUGCAUACCAGGGGUCCUAAAAAUCAGAAAAAAUGUGUACCUUACUUGAAGUAGCGAUACUCCAAGUAAAUCCUAAAUACAUUUCUUAGUUUUGUCUACAUUUUUCAUGACUUAGUAGAGGCCUUUGUUCUUCUGUGUUCUUCUUCUGUAAGUUUUUGUACAUUCUUGUUAGGCUGAUAUACAUUCUGACAUACAUUCUUCAUACAUACUUCUGUACGAGACAGUCAGUGCAGUUUCAGUGUGUAACGCCUGCUCUUCUGACGUAUGAAAACUCAGUCUUAUUGGGUAAGAGAUGUAUCAAGUUCAUAGGAGCCCAUUACUUGAAUCGUGUUGUUCUUAAUACUAUGCUUGUACAUUACCGUUAGAGCAGAUCUGUUGGAUUCUUGUUGUUUAUAAUGUGAUUGUGAAUAUGUUGUUAAGUAACUAUAGUGACAUCCGUCUGCUAAAGGGACAAUGAUUUUAAAAAGGGCUGUACUUAAUUAUGUGAAAAAACUAUGUUAGUCUUCUGUUUCAGCGAUUUGGAAGAUAUCCACUUUUAGAAAUAAGUUCCGUCCUCAAAAGACAGUUCCCUCUCAAAUAGUUUUAUUUUGACAAUCUUUAUUUGUGGAUAAACUGCUUGUGAAAUCUGUUUGCUUGUGUGGUUGAGUAAAGAAGUUGUGCUACAUUAGUCUAUCAUGUACUGUUUACAUGUAGAUUUGGGUUAGUAUGUUAUCAACUACGAUAUAGGUUAUUAACACUCUAACCCUGGUCUUUCCUUAUAUCUUUCUGUAGACCUCAGAUGAACCGCUCAACCAGCGCUAUAUUUGAGCAUUCUGACUCGUCCAUUUUUCCCUGUGUGGAGUAAGGCUCGUUAGACAAAGAAGGGGUAGGAGCUCCUGGCGUCUUGUCGAGAGUACGAGCCACUGGACCAUAGCGGGGCCUUCUUUUGCUCAAUGUUCACAGCUAUUUCAAUCACCAGGACCCUGAAAUUGUCAGCAGAAAAGACAAAGCAUAGGCCUAAUGUAGUCUGAAAGAUCAUCCAAAACGUUCUGCAAUGUAUUUGGUCUUUAAUAGCAGUGCAGUUUGCUUAGAAAACUGUCCACAUCUAUUCAAAACGCGCCCUCUGUGAAAAAUUAUGUACCGGU